CGGUAUUCGUGGUUGAGGAGGGGGAAGGGCUAGGAUGGCACCCUUCUUUGGGAAAGGUGGCUAGAAAGUUAAAGUGUGCCUCCGCCUGCGGGAGCCGGAGCCCAGAGUGCUGCAAUCCAGGGAGCAGGUGAGCGGGCUGCUGUCGCACGAACCAAGCCGAGUCCCUGCCCCACUUUUGCCGUCGUGGUCGCUGUCACUGUCACCCGGCGCAGAUGGUGGGGUGGGCAGGAGGGUCUGCCCUCGGUACUCAAGAGCUGUACCCGAUUCCUAGCCCGCUCGUCUAGUCCCGUGAUGGCUGUGGACAUUGAGUACAGCUACAGCAGCAUGGCCCCUUCUCUGCGCCGGGAACGCUUUACCUUCAAGAUCUCCCCAAAGCUGAGCAAGCCCCUGAGACCUUGUAUUCAGCUGGGCAGCAAGGACGAAGGCAGCGGCAUGGUGGCCCCCACGGUGCAGGAGAAGAAGGUGAAGAAGAGGGUGUCCUUUGCUGACAAUCAGGGGCUGGCCCUGACAAUGGUCAAAGUGUUCUCGGAAUUCGAUGACCCGCUAGAUAUUCCGUUUAACAUCACUGAGCUCCUAGACAACAUCGUGAGUCUGACGACAGCGGAGAGCGAGAGCUUUGUCUUGGAUUUUCCGCAGCCUUCUGCAGACUACUUAGACUUCAGAAAUCGACUUCAGACCAACCACGUCUGCCUCGAGAACUGCGUGCUGAAGGACAAAGCCAUUGCGGGCACCGUAAAGGUCCAGAACCUGGCAUUCGAGAAGGUGGUGAAGAUCAGAAUGACAUUUGACACCUGGAAAAGCUUCACAGACUUCCCUUGUCGGUACGUGAAGGACACUUAUGCGGGUUCAGACAGGGACACGUUCUCCUUUGACAUCAGCUUACCUGAGAAAAUUCAGUCUUAUGAAAGGAUGGAGUUUGCCGUGUGCUAUGAGUGUAAUGGCCAGGCCUAUUGGGACAGCAACAAAGGCAAAAACUACAGGAUCAUCCGGGCCGAACUCCGAUCCACUCAGGGAGUGAUUGAGCCAUACAAUGGACCAGAUUUUGGAAUAUCCUUUGACCAGUUCGGAAGCCCCCGGUGUUCCUAUGGCCUGUUUCCAGAGUGGCCUAGCUACCUGGGCUAUGAAAAGUUGGGACCCUACUACUAGUGAGUGCCCUGGACAGUCUGACUCUGACCCAGAUGGGGUAGAGACCGCAAGGCAAGAAUGAAGCUGAACUGCCACUGGGCAGGGUCUUUGGAAAGACAGGAUCCUGUCCACCUCUUUUGUAAACCAGCAAUUCCGGCACGCUUCCGUCACCGCUGGUUCCUUGCUCAGAGGAGAGCAGGUGUGCUGGUCCUCUGUGGCAUCUAGGUUGGCUACAAAGGAAGGCACAGGAUGGUGCCAGGAUGGUCUGGAUAGGAGCCAAGCGGGCAAGAGUGGAGGAAGCUGGGUUCUCCUCCACCAUUGGAUAUGCGAAGUCAACCACCCAGAAGCCACCAGUCUCCAGCCUUCUCCAGCCUGAUCAUUGACCUCCAAGGGCCCUGCCCACUCUUAUGUUUCUUCACGUUGCCUUCAUUCCACACAUCCUCAGAGUGGCCUUUAUCUUGGCUCUGUGACACACUAGCCCACAACUGCAGAAGAGGGACGGAGGCAGCCCCGCUCUGUGCAAGCUCCGGCUCCACGUUUCCUUUCUUCUCCCCCACAGCCCAGCCAGUGAUCCAGACAAGAUAAUCAAAGCAAAUAAGUACCUUGUGGCUGGGAAAGGCAUUUCCUCUCCCCUCCUCCUGACCCCUCCUUUAUAUUCCAAUAGGGGGCCACACACCAGUUACUAGAAAGUCACUGAUCUCCUUUUGGAGUCAGAAUUGUGACAAGGUGGGACAGUCGUAAAUUCUAGCUUUUUCCCUUGGCUUUGGGGCGCUUUCUAAGUACUCAGUUUCACCCCCAAAUUACCGGAAGGCUCAAUGACUAGCUCUUUGCCAGGCUGGUGCAUGAGCUGCUCUGGUCACGGGAGAAUCAUAGCUCUCCUCUCCUGGAGCGUCCACAUCAAUGCUGCAUCUGAGACUUUCAAACAGCAUGUUUGGGAUAUCCUCGAAGCCUCCAGAAAAUGCUUCGAUUUGUCCGCAGUAUACAGUUACAUUUGGAAUGCUUCACAAGCCCUCAAGGACCUGAUUGGGCGCUUUUAUUUAUGGUGUGUAUUGUAAAGGGGAGGGGAGAAAAACCUCACCGAGUUUUUCUAUGUUAUUUUAAAUGUUUGUCAACUCUGAGGUAUCAGAGAUGAAUUUUUUUCUGAACCAUAUUGGGCUGCAGUGUAUUAUCAAGUGGUAUUUCGAGACUCCUGGAACUGUUACCAUCAGAUGGACCCCCACAACCUGUGAUUUUCUUUUGGGCAAAUUAAAAUUACAGGGAAGUUGAAAAACUAUUUUUACAUGUAUAUUUGUAGAACUCUAGGGGCGUUGUUUUGUUUUGGAAAAUUGGUAAAAUGUCUGUUUAAUUUUCUUGCUGAAGCAAAGUUUCCCUGAGGCUAGAGGGAAAGAGGCGUCAGGGCUUCAUGGAUUCAUGGGUGCCAAGGGAGGCGCUGAACAUGACCCUGAGCCCUCUGGCUUCGGAAGUUAGCAUCAGGCAGGUAGCAAAUGUUUUUGAUCUUAGCAUGUGUGAUUUCUUUUUUAUCUUUUAUUUUUUUCACUUUUGAAGUUUAAAGUGUUUUAACUUUUUAAGUGCUAUUUUGUCUGAUUUUCUUAUCCCUAUAUCUGAUACUGGUCUGUACUACGUGCUUUGUGGCCCUCCCAGAUGGGUAGCACUCUGGGGUUGUCUGCAUGCUGAUGUCUGUGGGGAGACGGGUUGAAGUCAGGUGUGGUUGUAUGUUGUGUAAGCAUGCCAUAUCUCUGCUAGAUGGAUGUAUUUUAAAUUUUCCAGUUAUGGUGAUUGGAGCUGCUAGAUUUAAAUUGGAUGCAAGCAAAACUGAUCUCUUAUGGGUCACACAGUUCAUCUUGAGCUAAGUUUUCUUUUCCUGGUGCAGUAAGGCAGCCAGCUGCGCGGUUACUCACAGAGUAGCAGACUAGAGAUCAUUUUCAGAAGAAACAGAGUGAAGUCUGCUCAGUGGUGUGGAAUGGUGUUCAGACAUUCCGUGUCAAAAUAUGAAAUAUGGUAAUUCCAUAUUAUUUAUCCCCUCUGAAGCAGACAUAAACCCCCGCCCCUUUUACCCAGAUUUGUCCCAGCUUUCUUGCUAGGGGCACUGAUUGAAAGCCCCUAGCCAGCACACCUGGGAUAUGCACCCCAGCGCUCAGCCCAGAGGACAUGUCUUCACCUGCUUGCCAAGACUCUUCUUCACUUCCCUCCUCGUUGCUGUCAUUCACUGAGACUCUGAAGACUCUCUCUUCUGUUUUCUGCCUCCAGAUGUGGUGGUACCGUGGUGCAUGCCUUUAAUCCCAGGAUGUAGGAGGUAAAGACAAACAGACCUCUCUGAGUUCAAAGCCAGACCAAUCUACACAGCAAAUAUCAGACUUUGUCUUGAAACACAACAGCGAUGAAUUUUUUUUAUCAUUACAAGUCUGUGUACCUAAAUACAUUUAAUGUCCCACUUUAUUGCCAUCAUCAUAAUUAUGAUACUCAAGUUGCUCCCAUCUCUGGUCAACAGGGUCUCCUCAGAUUACGUUUUCAAUAUUUUGUCAUAUCUUGGUCAUAUUUUAUUUUUCCUUUCCUUGUUUUCUUUUAUGACUAAACAUUCCAAACUUACUUUGUACAUUUUCUUCCCUCAGAUGUGAAUUCAGGCUCUUCUCCAGGAGCCCUGGUUUCACCAGUGGGAACCCCAAGUUUAUAGCUGCCAGGGGUGUGCAUGGCUCUGGGUAUACCCAUCUUUUUAGGAUUUUUCAGUGGACAGAGCUGAAACUUUAUUUUUGAUGACAAGAUAUUAUUUAUUGUCAAUUUAUAUGAAAAAAAUUACAGUUCAAUUUCAGUACUACAAAGAAGUAUUAACCUCAUCUAUCUUGAAUAGACAUCUGUUUCUCCUGCACUAAUAGUUAACUAGAAAUACUCAUUUGCUUUAUCUCACAGCGUAUACACAACAGCUUCAAAAUGAUACUGGCACCACCGAUUACUCAAAGUAGGUCAUGAUUUCUUUUACCUUCCUUCAUUUGUGCUUUUGUUUUUCUCUGCGUUGUCCUGGCUGACCCUCUAUGUAGACCAGGCUAACCUCAAACUUAGAGAUCUGCCUGCCUCUGCCUCCUGAGUGCUGGGAUUAAAGGUGUGUGCCACCAUCACCUGGCUCAACUGGGCUCCUAAAUUAGGACUGUCAGCUGGAGCAUAGGGUCUGGGUGUUGUAACCAGGCCUUUUCUUUUGGCUACCCAGCUCCACAAUCAUGACACGGAGACUUACUAGUUCUGCAUGCUUUGCCUAGCUUAGGCUCCUUUCUGGCUGCUCUUUUAACUGAACCAGUUUCCCUUUAUCUACUGUUUGCCUCAGGGCUUUUACUUUCUUCCCUUCUGUACGUACUUCUUACAUUCACUGCUUCUGUCUGGUUGGUGGCUGCACGGCUUCUGGCCCAGGUGUCUCCCUUGUUCUCUCCUUCUCUCUCUCACUCUUAGAUUUCUCCUCCUAUUUAUGUUCUCUGCCCGCCAGCCAUGCCUAUCCUUUCUCCUGCCUAGCUAUUGGCUGUUCAGCUUUUUAUUAGACCAAUCAGGUGCCUUAGGCAGGCAAAGUGAAACAGAUGCAACACAUCUUUACAUAAUUAAAUACAUGCAGUACUGUGGGGGCUGAAUUAUUCAGGCCCAUAUUCCAUAUUGUCUGGUGGUCAGAGAAUCUAAGUAACUUUCAAGGUGCAAUUUGCACCUUCCACACAGGAGGUGGUCGCCUAGCGCUUUGAUAAAACAACCUGAUGCCAUCCUAACAGGUGGUCGGGAUAUGCUAAUGUCCUUCUGCUCCUUCUAUUGUAAAUUAGGAGGUCACCCGGGGAAGAGGGGUUUCCAGUCUAUGUGACAAAACAGCCAUGGGCAGGAGGUGACCUAAGUCGUCCCCGCUACCUAGGAAACAAUGCUAAAAACGGCUUCUUAUUAAAGCUCUUUGGAAAAUAAACAUGGGUGAUUUCAGGAUUUAAAUAAACCCAAAACUCCCUCCCGA